AGCUCAAAUUACACAUCCGCCCGACCAACAGUAGAAUUUUUUUCCUUCAAGAUAACGUCAAAACGCAAAGCAGCUAAGUGAAAUUCGUGUUCUUUUGUUAGCAAGAAAACGAUUGACGGUCGGUUAUUAUUCAGCAAUACAACACAUGAUAUCGGGUAGUAAUUAGACAUCACGGGGAUUCUGGGUACUUAUAUUAGACAUAUUGUUUACAUUUUGUCAGCACUUUGGGCAGUAACAAGAAGAUGGCACAUGGCUAUGUGUGUAUAUUCUUGGCCACAGUUUUGUUCUCGGCGUACCAACCAUCGACUGCCGAAAUAGGUAAGUGAUCAUGAAUAUGUUAGCUUUUAAUAGGAUAUUUGUACCGUUUAAUUUCCGAAACUUCUUGUUUGAUCACGCAAGCGGAGGCGCUUGUAUUUAAUAAUGUAGUAUCAGGGCUUUAUAGGCUUUCCUUAUGAAUUUAAAUUGAACAAAAAAUAGUGUUUGACUAUCCCAUUUGCCAAGGGAUUAAGUCCACCGAUGUUUAAGGAAAUUUGUAAUUUAGGCACUUAAAACUUUAUUCGUACAAAGAGAUAAACUCGUAAACUCUAUAUUGUUCAUCAAUGAAGGGCAACUCGUACUGAGUGCGGCAGAAGAGGUUCGAUGAAAGACGGGGUUUAUAUAUUUUAAGCGUUUAUUUAGUAGAAUUGUCUGUGAUUUUUUGCUGAAUGGUUUCAACUGUGUUUAUAUUUCAAACCACGAGACGAAAGAUCAGCGUCUAAUAUCCCGAGCUGAAAUGUUGUUGAUAGUUGCGUUAUCGUACAUUUUGACAGGUGUAAUAUUUUAUUCUGCGGCUUCGUAAGCCGUCGUUUAUAUAGACGACCACAAUAUUUCAAACUAUAGCCUCCUAUUUCCCUGUAUGGCUAUUGCUCACUUUGAUAAGGUCCAAUUUAAGCUUGUUAUAAAAUUAAAUGGUCUUUUGUAUUACAGGGUCAGAAGAAAAAGUAUACACACUAUCUCGAAUACCUUUUGACAAUCGUAGAAUGUUAAAUGUUUUGUUUGGUUAUGUCACUUCUAAGUGCCGCCUCACCUACGCGCUUUUAACAUUAAGUGCUUCGAGAAACUCACUUUCCCAUGAAAAUUACCCCUUCUCCUAUUCAAAAUAGGAAAUUAUAGCUUUUUGCGCAACAAAGCGAAGCCUUUUAUCGCGUCAAACAAAAAGUUCCAUAAUUAAAAAGAUAAGAACUAAAUGCGACGCAGUGGUCCUAACAUCGAAAGGGUAUCAUAUUUCCAGCACCUGCUAUUAAAUAUGUUUAAAAGCCCGCAUGGCUGUAUAUAGUCCACUUUAUAAUACAGAUUGGUUUUUUAAUUUUUUGUGUACAUUUUAAUAAGCCUUCUUGGCCUCGUUUUUGUGACCAAAAUUGAAUAGCAUUUCCUAACCUUGAGGCUAAGGUUUAUUGAUACUCACAUAAAAGAAUAUUUAAACCAUACAUAAAAGAUGAAAGUGGUCUAUUGAAAGUGGUCUAUUGUGAUGUGUAGUCGUUUAUAGAAUUCAUCUGCGCAUUUACUGUUAAAAUUUGUUCUUAACAAUGCUACAGGGGGUUAAACAGGGCUAUUGUUGUCUGUAUGCGUAUAAACGACAGUUCUCGUACCCAGAGUUAUCUCUAGGUGGUAGACUGUAGUUCCCUAACUACGCUGCUUUAAUAAAAGUACGCGCGCACUGCGUAUAUUAAUUUGAUUUCCAAAUUUUAACGGGUUACAAGAUAACAGUUAUUCAAUACUAUACACUCAUUAAUAUUCCCAGACUUGUGAUUGGUUAAGCAGCCAAGUCACAUUCUAUAUUUAGCUCUGACAACGAUAAUAUUACUUUAAAGCUAGCUGCAACGUUUGUGAAUAGUUGACUGAAAUUAACAUAUUUUUAAUUACUUUGCCACAUUUUCCCUGUUGAAUUAAUAUAUAAUUUUCAGUUAAUUGAAUAACAAAGCGGAGUUAAGCAUGCAUGUAACUAACAAACUGUCUCACGGGAAAUUUAGCAGUCUUUGUUUGCAGGCAUUUUUAUUUCUGUUUUCAACUGUUUGUCUCCAGUUUGAAGCAAAAUAAGUACAUGACAGCCUAGACCUGUGGCUAUGACCUUCUGUUUAUAUUACUUAUAUUUCAGCCCUUAUUCACGUAGUCUGAACCUGAAAAUCAAGUCGGCCGCAUGCGGAGCGAAAGGGCCUAGGUUGAAUGCAUAAUUAACUUUUGUAAUAUCCUAGCUUUUUUCGCUUUAUGCGCGUCUUUUUUGAACGUACUCUUAGCCGCUGUUUAUAUGUGUUUUUAGUUUCAGUUUUUAAUUCGUAAACAAGAUAAAUUGAACCGGCUGUGUUUACAAUUUGCGAUGUUUGAAAAAAGUUUUUCGAUUAUAGCAAAACUUGAGACUUGAUCGAGUCAUAUUUUAUUCGUCUCAUAGUUCUACUCCUGAGUCUUUUCCAAAAUGACGGGGAGUGAUUAAAACAAUCGUAUGUCUAUCGUAGGCUAAAAUGGCAUUGAAUCUCUCCGUAAUGUAAACAGAUUGAAAACAAGUUGGUCAGCAAAAAUCAGCUUCAAGUUUUGCGUUUUGUUACUGACAAAUUAAGUUAGCAUCCAUUUGGUAUUGCACCUCAAAUUGUAGUUGAUUCUCCAAUCUCAGUGACGUAAAAUAGUUUUUUCAAAACUCAAAAGUAGCCUACCGUUGAAAAAAGCUGAGUGACUAUUCUAUAAGCUUUAAAAUGAAUGUAAACAUAAACGGUUUGCUUGAGAGUUGAGAUAUAAAUUAUUUUUACCUAACUUCCAAAACUAAAAGGCAAAAACAAAUUAACAUAUUUACAUAACAUUUCGAUAAAAUAUUAAGGGUUAGGACUUAGGAGCCUUUAGACACCUUUUCGGGCUUUUUUAUUGAAAUGCCCCUACUGCCCUUAUAGUCUAACUUUAAAAUAUAUUCAUUACAGUAAUUAAAGAUAAUAGUGAGAUGUAUUCAAUAGAAUAUUAUUUUACAAAUAGUCAUUAGAUUUUUGUUAUUUUAUAAUAUAAUGAAUUGAAACAUCAAUGGUAUAUUUUGUAUAAUAAGUUCUCCUAUACGGCUAUAGUACUAAGUUAAUACGCAAUUUGUUUGAAUUUCGAGUAUUAUAAUCAUGUAAUUUCAUUGUUCCGUGUAAAAGUAGCCAUUGGCAUGGGCAUGGAAAAAUACAGAUAAAUUUUUGCAAUGCUUGACAUGAAUAUAUUAAAUAAUCAUUUAUCUUAAAAAAUCUAAGACUAAGAUCUUUAAUUUAAGAAGUAAUGAUUCAGUGUGUUCUAGAUAAGAUUUAAAAGUCAUUAUAGCUAGUGUAACAUUUUUUUGCUUUAUUUACAUUUGAAUCGUGGACUCCGUUGCCAUGCAGCCCUUUGCUUUGUCCUUCAUUGGCAUUGAAGGAUAUUUUUAUGCAGUGGUGAGCUAACCAUAGCAACAGAGAACAGGUCAUGCUAUGCAAAUUUUUAACGAUUUGCACAUUAUUCAAACUUUAGAAAUUCAUUGUCUUUAACUAUUUGGGUGCAGUUUUAUUAACAUGAACAGGUUGCUUAAAAACCUAUUUAACCUAUUUUAAUAUCUAUUUUUCCAUUGUAUAGGAGAAUUGUUAACCCAAGAUCUUGGACAUUCAUUUGAGCCGCGCAGAACUCAGCCUGGGGUAUAUUACCUAAUAUUUUUGUAAAAAAAUAUUGAAUAUUGAUUAUUGAUAGCCUUCCUUUUCAUCAAAUCAUAAUUUAAUGACGUUACAUAGUGACCAAGUCCAAGGUUAAAUUUAGUUAAAUAGCAUAGGAACCGCGCGCAGUCUGGGCACGACAUGCCCUGAAAGUGUCAGAUAUAGAGUUGUCAGCAGACUCAUAGCUAACUGGGGUAGUACCGUAGUACCCUGCUUAGAGAAGAAGCCAAUUUUUUUCUUCAUGAGACAUGACAACUUCUGACUUCGGUUUUAAUUUCCGCCGAACACUUACUAUUUUGGUGUGAUAAGUUGCAGCCGUGCAGACGUUCGAUGUUCAGGUCCUCAAUGGACAUGUUCAGGUCCUCAAUGGACAUGUUCACGUGAUUCUGACCUGAAUCCAAGUCUGUACCUAACCAUCCACACGAGUAAGUAUAUCGCUAAUAACCGAGUUUUUUUUGUCCAUUUAUUUUCAGUGGCGAAAGAUUACUCUGGAUGAUAAAAAAUUUGGGUAUUUUGUCUGUCAUUCUGACGGUUCGCUAGACAGCACACAGGAAUUAAACACUAAGGGUAUCGAAGAGCUGACUGUUAAAGUUGUUUACAAACAUUAUGUAAAAAAAUCUAGCAAGAUCCUUAAUAAAACUGCUUUCUCUCUUGGCGUGUUCGAAGUCAAAGGAAACCACGAGGACACAUUCCCAGCAAAUGGGAUUCUAAAUAACAAUAAAACAAAAGUAACAUCUACUGAACUUGUUCCAGUCAAUUAUACGAAGCUUAAAAUUUUUAUUAGGCCACAAGAUAAAAAGGACUGCAUGCUUGUUUACUCUGUUCAAAUCACGUACAAGUUUUGUACCAAGACGACGUUCCACAAACUUGCUGAAUUUCCGAAAACUUUUGCCCCCAGAAAUGGGUCUUUUCCUCUGAAGGUUGAGGGAAAGUGUAGUUAUGGACGCAAGGUACCAGUGGCAUAUUGUGACAGUAAGGGUGAAUGGUUGAUUAACGAUACUCAGUUGCCAUGUAGCUGUGCACCAGGCGAGGUGAUGAGCAGCAGUGGGUGCAUUGGUAAGUAAAAUAUUUUAAUGAAAAUGCCUUUUGACUAGAAAUGGAUUCUGACCAAAGACGAGCUGUCCAAACGCACUAGCUAGAAUAGCAAUCUUUCCAGGAAACGGUCAUGUAACCAACCAUAACAUAGUUGCUAAAACCAUAUAGUCGAGGAAUCAGGAAUCCUACGUAUAGUCUAUAGAAAUCAGGGCCUAUAUAAUCCUACGUACGCGCGUUUUACGCACUACCAGAUAGUUCGUUUUGAUGGAAGAAUCUUUGCAAACUUUCGUAUACCAGACGCUUUGCUCAUCUGUCUUCACUGUGCAGUUAAACGAUUCCUUGACACACACGACCAUAAGAGUGAAAUAUAUACCACAAUUAACCAUGUACGUUUUCGAUAUAUUUUUUAGAAUUAUCAUCCAUAAUUCAAGAAGUGAAAGCAGUCCGACUGUCAAAUACUCGGGCUGUAAUAUUGUGGAAACAAGAACCUAAGCCAGAAAUUCAGUACAAUGUUAUUUGCAAGAAAUGCCAAGAUCUCAAGUGUGAUCAGAACUGCCCAAAAACCGUACGUUUGGAGAAAAACAAAACAAACAUUUCCGGAAAAAACAGCAGCAAUAUAACUGGACUGGAGAGAGGACAUGAUUACUUGUUUACUGUCGUUGGUAAAAUAAAACCUGUCAAUGAAAACUAUUGGAAUAAAACCUCGAAAGAAGUCAAGUUGAGAGGUACGAAAAAUGGGAUAUAGUGAAGAAAGACGUUUUUGUCAUAACUAAUUGAUGAUUUCCCUUAUUACGUUUUCGUAGCGCUUUGCAUUGUGGUUAUAGUGGUAUCACUGAUAUUCAAGAUGACUUAUUUUUUGUCCUGACCCGUGCAAGAACUUUAAAAAAAGCUAGGGUCAGAUGCGCGAUAGCUAACAGCAAAGCUAACAGCAAAAUAUUUGCGAAAACAUUCAAUACUUUCAUUCUAGGCCGCUAUCUUUAUCGAUCAGUGAUACCACUAUAACCACAAUGCAAAGCGCUACGAAAACGUAAUAAAGGGAAUCAUCUAUUUUGGGGGCAUUUUGCAUCAUAGCGCUCGUGUAAGGAAGCAAAAAACUUAUGUUUUGUCAUAUGUGUUGAAGAAUACCACAAACUGACACAAACACAGUUUUUAAUCCAGUCCCCCUCGGCAACCUGACAUCCGUGUUGACAAAAACGUCGUUUGUUUAGUUAAUGAACACGUUUUGGCCAUGCUUCGACCAACAGUCACAUCAACAAAAUAAAAUGAUCCUUUCUGGAUUGGGAACAGUAAAAAACAAAAUUAAAAAAAAAACAAAUUCUUAGGAAAAGUCGGAAUAUUGUUUAUAUCGUUUACUGUUGCAUGUCAGUGAACAACUUAUGAAUUUAUUUUUAUCUAGUAAAUGAAUCGUGACUGUUUAGUGGGAUAUCAACUAGAGCCUUUUGAAAUUAUAACGCGAUUUGAAAGCAAUUUGAAGCAUGCAUGCUGAGAGCGGAAAUUGCUACUCUUUUCACAUAAUUAUGUCGACCUCAUGGUCUCAGCCGGCAUCUCAGUAUGAAGUUCAAGCCUUCGAUAUUAAAAACCUGCUGUCUUAAUCCUGCUGUCAUAAUAUGUACUGUGAAUGCGACGCGUUGUACUGAUGAUUUUGUUUAGAAAUUGCUUUCAUACUUUUCAGGCAUAUAGUUGCAUCGCUAUACCUACAGUAUCAGGGCAUUUUCCCUUCCCUAGCUUACAUGUGGGUGGGUGGAUGGAAGGGAAAAGUACGUCUGACCCAAAUCCCUGUCUGGCCUCGUAUAAACAAGGGCCAAAAUCCGGCUUUUCAUCUGACAAAGAAAUCAUCUGACAAAGAAAUUUUAAUUCUGUAUUUUUGAUUGGUUAAUGCUAAGCAGUUUUUGUGAAAUUGACAUUUUCCCUGGGACAUUUUGAUUGGAUAGUAAAUAAAAAAUUUAAGGUUUGUGCCAGCCUCUAUUUGUACAAUAGAGUUAUACUGCCAACACCGCCAUCCACCGUCGCAUAAUAUUUACCUCAAUUUUCUUUUAGCAUUACCUGAAACAGUACAAAAUCUCACUUUUACGUCACACGACCACGACCGCAUCGCCUUAACAUGGUUACCACCAACUAAUGUUGACAGCACAAGUAUAACAUACGAAAUUGGUUGUCGUGUUCACUGCCUUGACGAGCGUUGCAUGUCAGACCGCUGUAAGAAGUUAAAGUUUAUCCCUACACGCCAGAAACUGUUCAACACAAAUGUCACUAUAACUGGUUUCAGAAAUGAAGGAUUGCUAUAUAUUUUUGAAGUUCGUUCUAAACAUCGUUUGUACGAUACUUUUGAAGAGGUUCUUGGUAUUGAAUGGAAUUUCGUGGCCAUAAAUUAUACUGGUAAGAUUUUUAUUGUAUUACUGGCGGUGAAAAGGAUAGAGAAAUCAGACUGAAUGGAUGGAACCAACUAUAUAACUUAAGCUGAAUUCCAUGUAUAAGAUUUAAAGUACUGAGAAAAUUUCUCUCCCAUGUGCUUCUGUCCUGCAUUAUACAUGCCUUCAGGUUUUGAGUGGAUUCCAAUUCUGUGUCGAUAUAUAGGUAAUACGUCUUGUCUUCAUUUUCCGCCUGCAAGGCCUCCUCCAAAACGCCGGCUACCUGUAGCUAUGCUAUGCUGUGGUUUUCCCAAAAUUGUUUUCCAUGGCAAGUCUCACUCUUUGCUCCGUGAUUCCAUUAUAUUGCUCCGUGAUUCCAUUAUACCUUGAUUCCAUUAUAUUGCUGCCAAAUAGGACCAAAAUCCAACGAAACUAAUCGUCUUCUUGAGUUUUGUUGUAUUUUUCCUGUUUUCACAACAGAAACGACAAGACAUAAGAUUAGGAGUAGCAAUCAAGGGAGCCUAAACUGAUUAUAAAUACUUGAUAUUUCUAGCAGAUUUUAAAAAGGUGAUUCCAACGGUUUCCAAAUCAUUCAACGUGGUGGACGUCGUUAUUGGUGUGUCCGUUUUAAUCUUGGCUGUGGUAGUCACUAUUGUUGCCACAAGAUGUUACAACAGGUGAGGAUAGUCUUUGGUCUGUAAACAUUUGGGAGAGAGUUCCUUAAACUAGUAGCCUACGAAAACAGUCGCUUGAUUGUCUCGUUUCUCGACCAAACUGUUUUAGCAAGCUAUCAAACUAUAUCUGAAUCACUGAGAUUUUGCCUGGGAUCUCAGGAUCUUUGAUCUGGAAGAAGGGUGUAAUAGUGAAGAAUAUGUAAACCGUCCAUCAUUGGGCCAAGCGGUUAAGCAAAGUUAAUUUCAAUCAUAUUUUGCUAAUUUAAAGUAACGUACAUUCUUUCCAGAUGGAAGCGUAGAAAACACACGUUGAGUUUUGAUAGUGAAAAUCCCGAACCUUUGACCCACUGUGAAGGUAACGUUUCUUCAUUUUGAUGCAUGAUUUAUUUUUUGCUAACUUCCAUUCAAGUACAUCGCUAAUAUUAACUUUCCAUUCUUAGUUCCAUUGACGGAUAUUACGACACAUUACGUGGACCCUUCAAAUUACGACAGUGUAGAAAAUGUACUGAGAAAAUUCACAACGAAACUGAACGAGAAAAAUCUGAAGACUGAAGAAGUUAUUGGUGAAGGUAAUGCAGGAUAAAUGGAAGUAUUUAUUAUAUAUAUAUAUAACUUUGCCUUCCUCAACAUUGGUUUAAUAUCUGAGAAAAACCAUUCAAAAUUUUCCCAGGUGAAUUUGGUGUAGUGUCGAAAGGAUAUCUUGAAAUUGAUGGGAAGGAGAGGACGGUUGCAGUUAAAAAUCUUCGAGUAAGAGGAUGCCUUACUUUUAUGACUUUCAUGUUUAUCUUUGAAAACCUAUAUCAGAUCAACUGACAGUGAAGUAUAUUUGAGAUGUAUAAAAUGUUAAUAAACUUUAAUAAUUUAUUUUAGAGCGGAUUGUCUGCUAAGUUACGUCGAGAUUUUCUAGCAGAGGCCUCUGUGAUGGGUCAAUUCAAAGAUCCUAACGUGAUCUCACUACAUGGUGUUAUUGUUAAAAGUAUGUUUUGUGUAUCUUGUGUAAUAUCAUUAACCAUUUACUUUCAACAGAACAUAACAGGUGCGUAUCGCCACCACAAAAAAAUCAAGACAACCGUUACAAACACAACAUCAACACAAACAACAUUUAGUAGAUUAUACUAAAAUAAAAUAAUGGGUGAUAUAUAUACUAUUACUGCAUUGAUAUUCAGGUGUGUCGAUAUUUAAUGUUGAUUUCUUUUGUCAGGACACACAGUGAAAAUUGUCAUGGAGUUUAUGUCGAAUGGUUCAAUGGACCAAUAUUUACUGGUAAGCUUUCGUGUUAGUUAUCCUAGGUACUGUAUGCCACCUAAACGUACUCCAGGCAAUGGAGAAAGUGCCGAUCCUCCACCUUUUUCAUGGUGAUUUUUACACCUUUCUUCUUUAUUGUUAUAAAAGGAAUUUUGCUUGUUCGUUGUAGAAAAACAACGGAAAAUUAACGAUUUUACAAUUACUUGGAAUGGCACGAGGAAUUGCAUCUGGAAUGAACUAUCUGUCUGGACGAAAUUUUAUUCAUAGGGUAAGAAUAUUCACAUUUGUAUAAUUUGAUAUCUUAGACAUUGGGGACAAGAGAUAAUGGUAUCCUACAGUAUGUUGGCGUUAUUUUUGCCUGAAUUUCCUUAAAUAAAACAAUACAAAAUGACAGUAUUAUUUCUUAAACUUUUUGCAGGAUCUAGCCGCAAGGAACAUACUAGUUGAUGAAAACUUAUCAUGCAAGGUCUCUGACUUUGGUCUUACUCGAGAGAUAUGCCAAACUUCAAACUACGAAACUAGUGUAAGUAUUAAGAAUCCAUGGACUGACAUACGAGUCAAGGAGUAUAUUGUACGAACAGUUAAUAUAAAAUAUAUUCAUCUUCCUCUUUAGGGCGGGAAAAUUCCUAUUCGCUGGACAGCACCGGAAGUUAUCAAGUACAAAAAGUCAUUCAUUUCCAGUGAUGUGUGGAGUUAUGGUGUCGUACUUUGGGAGAUUAUGUCGUUUGGUCAGAGACCGUAUUGGGAAUGGGACAAUUUUCGGGUAUUUAUAAAACUGUCACUUGGUAGUGUAGAUAAUAAUACAUCCAUAUUUUCCCGAUAGAGUUGAAUCACUUGGUUAAAAAUGGAACAACAUGGUUUACUGUGUAAAUGGAAUUAUAGUCACUAUUCUCAUAUUCAUGAGGACUAAAAGCAAAUCUCACACAUUCAUCUUGUUGUUUGUUAGGUUUUACAAGAAAUAGAGAUCGGUUACAGACUUCCAGCACCCUUAGUAAGUAAAAAAUAUAGUAGGGUUACAUGGGUAGAAACAAAUGUCUAUCUAAUCGGCGAAAAUUGCGAAUGUAUGUGGAAGGAGAACUUGGACGUCAAGAGAAUGUCUGUCCUAUCUGCCGUGGUUCUGCCAGAUGAAAAGAUGAGAACCACUUAGUUCAGACACAAACCAUGCCAGCUUAUUGUGCAACAUUAGUAUUGUAGUAUACAUCUAUACCGCACAUUUACUGAUCGUUGUUCUCAAUUACUCCACAGAAAUGUCCCAAAACUGUACACAGUCUGAUGCUCCACUGCUGGGAAAAAGCGCGUUCAGAUCGUCCAACAUUUUUACAUAUUCUUGAUAAGUUAGACGAAUGGAUUCGCUCACCAGAAACGAUACAUCACUCGCCUGCUACUAAAGCGAGGAGGUGAGUACUCGGGUCCUUUAGCUAUAAGGUCGUCCUCAUCAGUGUUAAUUAAAUUCCGAAUCCCGUGCUUAAAUUUUCUUGUUAUCCGGCCUCUUUCCUUUGGAGUUCUUAAAAGUAUUGCCGCGUAAUCGCCACCGAGUUUAGUCCUUAAUUUAGUCCUGCUACCAAAAUAACUUUUUAUAUAUUGCAUAUAGUCCAUUCCCUUAUACAUGAAGAUUUAUUUUCCGAUAAUAGGUUAAUUUUGAAUUUUUUUUAUUUACCUUGUUGAAACCAUUCAUGGAAUAACUGAAUUAAGUCUUAUCAUUAAUGCCAGUGGUUAUUGUAAAUUUUCCAAAUGGUAAAUAUUUUCCAAGCUCUUCCCACUAAGAGCGUAGUGGAAAGAGCCUGGGUACGAAGUUGAAUAUUUUCCUGUGUAUAUUGCAUAUUAAGCAUUGAAUUGAAUGUCUACCCCCCCCCCCCUUUAAUUAAACAACGCAAUGCAAUACAUGCACUUUCUAACUAUCAAUAUGUUUUUCAUCUUAGAACCACAACGGAAGUUAUUGAAGCCAAAUCGCCAAUACACGAAUGGCUCGAUUCCAUCAAAAUGGGCAAAUACUCAUCAAACUUUGCCGAAGCUGGAUACAAUCAGCUAAGCCAGACAGUUCAUUUAACUGAAGAGGAGUUGUGUGAUAUGGGAAUCACACUAGUCGGACAUAGACAUAAAAUUCAUCAGAGUAUUCCUUUGGUAACGUAAUGGAGGAUUAACAAUGAACAAUGGCUUUUCAGGAGUCCUAAAUUAGAUGCACGAGGUUCUCUCAAUGUAUAAAAGCUGAUUUGAACAACGGAUAGUUUGAUUGAAGUUUGGGAAAAUGUAAAUCUCUCCCGUAGAUACAAUUUUCUUUCAAACGGUGGUACUUAAACAUAGCGCCUUGGUAUGCAUAGUUAGGGUUUAUUCUUUUAAACAAAUCCUAAGGCAUUACCGAGAAACCUCCCAGCAAUCCUAUUGAAGAUCAAAGGAGGUUGAAGCAUAUUCUUUAUACAGGUAAAGGUCGACAACAUCUUGUUAAAUUGGAGAUGGUACAAAGGGCUUGUAACAAGUCAAUAUAUAAAUUUAAAAAUUCAAUAAUUCACGAGGAAAAUACAAAAGAAAUGAAUGUUUAAUCAAUGUUUGUAAAUCGGAUACAGAUUUGUCCUGAUUUACAUAAACUUCAGCUUUGAUUUUCUCGACUUAGACAAUGUUUAUUUUUAAAAUUACUUCGCCAAUGAACUCAUAAGAUGGUUCAUUUUUUAAAUACGAUAAAACAUUCGCAUCCGAUCUGUAUCUGAUAUAUACAAACUCGAGAGAGUUUGUAUAUCAGAUACAGACCGGCUGCUCAUGUUUUAUCUAGUACUUCAAAAAUUGCAAGAAAUUGGGUAAUGGUUGUAUCAUUAUCGUAGCCAACAAAAUGUAAGGUAAAAUACUGCAACUUCAGUUACAUAAAUUACAAUAAAUUGUAUAGUGUCUGACUGGUAAAAUCACCAGGGGUCAUGAUCAGUUGUUCUAAGCCGAUGGAUCAGCGCUGUAACCCUGGGUUAAAAUUAACCUGCUGUUUUGGCUUGUGUAUUUCUGCAUUUUUGUUUAUUUCAAAACUGUAGAAAGUAAAAAAUUCUCGGUUGAUCGAGAAAAGAUUUUUGGAAAAAAUAUUUUAAAGUUUAUAAAGCCGUUGUUGGAAAGUUUGCUGUGAAGUUUUUCAUUAACCCAGGAUUAAGUUAACCGACUUUUGAACAACCGGCCCGAAGUAAUUUGCUCGGUUUAAUGGAUCAUUCCAGCUCUAGACUAAAUUUUGAUCUAGGCAAGAAGAACAAAACCCAUUCACCACAGCUAGAAAGAGCGUGUUAAAAUUAGUAAAACUACAAAGUUUGGCCGCGAAAUGUUGUAAAAUGCGAAAAAUACAGCCCCGCGAAAUUUUGCGGUAUUAAUUUGUAUUACGCGCGGGAAAAUGCACCACAUUUGGGCCGAAAGUGGUGCAUUUUCCCGUCCGUACUACAAAUUACUACAAAAUUUGCAAAUUUCGCAGGGCUUUAUAUUUUCCUCAUUUUACAACAUUUCGCAACCAAACUUUGCAAUUUUACUAAUUUUAACAUGCCCUUUCUAGCUGUGGCGAUGGAUUUUGUUCUUCUUGCCUAGAUCAAAAUGUAUAGUUUGUAGCUGGAAUCAACUAUUUAUCGUCGGCAUUCCUUCAAAAACGCAUGAAUUGUAUUGAAUACGCUUUGUUGAAAGUGGAUGCUCAACGAUAAAAAUUUAUAAUAAUAAUGUAGAUAGGGGUUGCACUGUAUUGAGAAAUAGAUGUAUAUAUAUUUCUGACAUGUUUGCAUCUAGGAAAUUUUAGAACAUUGAAAUUUUAUUUAAAAGUGAGUUAUAUUAUGUGAAUAUAUGGAAAUACUGUAUUUAUAUUUAGUAGAUGUGGAAUAAAAAAAACAAAAUUGUACAUCAAUUGUGAUGUGCAACUGAGAAUGUUACCUUCCCUAUGUUACCA